GAUGGCAAACUUCGGCUCGCUGGCUGCUGCCUCGUCUUGGGAGAUCGUCAAGUCCUGCUGAAUAAAGAUCAGGGCAAAUGUCAUAGGAUGAACCCUGCUGGACCACUCUUACUGUCUGUGAUAUCGUGUCUCCUGUGGCUCUCCCGGGGCUUCGACCCAGCUCCCAGCGCCUGCUCCGCCUUGGCCUCCGGGGUCCUCUACGGCUCUUUUUCCCUGAAGGACCUCUUCCCCACUGUCUCCACCGGCUGCUCGUGGACCCUGGAGAACCCGGACCCGACCAAAUACUCCUUGUACCUCAGGUUCAACCGGGAAGAGCAGGUCUGCGCCCACUACUCGCCCAUGGUUCUGCCGCUGGAUCAUUACCUCUCCAACGAUACCUGCAGCCAGCCGGAAGUGACGUCCCUGCCUCGCGAGGAGGAGGAGGAGGAAGAAGGGGAUGUCAGGUUGGAGCUUUGCCAAGGGGGAGGCCCGUUCACCUUUUUCCAUUUCGACAAGAACUUUGUCCAGCUCUGCUUGGCGGAGGAGCCCGAGGCCGCCACCCGCCUGCUGCCUCCGGAGGCCGUGGAGUUCCGCUUCGUGGAGGUCCUCCUGAUCAACAACAACAACUCGAGCCAGUUCACCUGCGGCGUCUUGUGCCGUUGGCUGGAGGAGUGCCUCCGCCUUGGCUCCGGCCAGCCCUGCGGCCUCUCGCAGACGGGCUGCGUCUGCCAGCCCCCCCAGCCCCUGCCGGCCCCUCCGCAGCUCAACCAGACGCUCUCCAAUGCUCUGACUCCUCCCGCUCCCGCUGGCGGCGGCGGCAGCAACGGCGAGUGCUGCGUGACUGAAUUGCAUUCUGGGAAUGCGAAUGAUGUAUACUCUCCGGUGAUUAAAUACGGUGAUGCCGUGCACGAAGAUCAGAAGGUGAAGAAGAUCCAGUGGCCGCGGUCAGCAGACGAGCCAGGAGUGUACAUGGCACAAACCGGAGACCCUGCGGCAGAGGAGUGGUCCCAGUGGAGCGUCUGCUCGCUGACCUGUGGGCAGGGCACUCAGGUGCGGACCCGCUCCUGCGUCUCAUCGCCUUACGGAACACUGUGCAGUGGGUUGUUGCGGGAGACGCGGCUAUGUAAUAAUACUGCCACCUGCCCAGUUCAUGGCCUGCGGGAGGAAUGGUCCCCCUGGAGUCUGUGCUCGAUGACUUGUGGGCGAGGGUCUCGGAUCAGAAUGCGGCACUGCGUUUCUCCCCGGCACGGCAGGAAGGCCUGCGAGGGGCCCGAGGUGCAGACUAAGCCCUGCAAUAUCGCUCUCUGCCCCGUGGAAGGCCAGUGGCUGGACUGGGGAUCCUGGAGCCGCUGCUCUGUGUCGUGUUCCAACGGGACUCAGCAGCGCACCCGCAAGUGCAGCGUCUCGGCUCAUGGCUGGGCAGAGUGCAAAGGGGCUCAUGCCGACGCCAGGGAGUGUUACAACCCUGAAUGUCCAGCGGACAGCACAUGGGGCCCAUGGAACCACUGGAGUUUGUGCUCCAAGACGUGCGACACUGGCUGGCAGAGACGCUUCCGCAUGUGUCAAGGGACGGGCGUGCAAGGCUACCCGUGCGAGGGCAGCGGGGAGGAAGUCAAGACAUGCAACGAGAAGAAGUGCCCAGCGUACCACGAGAUGUGCAAGGACGAAUACGUCACACUGAUGACUUGGAAGAAAGCCGCCGCCGGUGAAACAGUCUACAACAAAUGCCCAGCCAAUGCCACGGGAUCUGCCAGUCGCCGGUGCCUGCUGAACUCCCAGGGUGUGGCUUAUUGGGGUGCGCCCAGCUUUGCACGCUGCGUUUCCCAUGAAUACAGAUACUUACAUCUCUCACUUCGAGAGCAUCUGGCCAAGGGGCAGCGCAUGCUGGCUGGAGAAGGCAUGUCUCAGGUGGUUCGUGGGCUGCUGGAGCUCGUGGCGCGCAAGACGUACUACAGUGGGGACCUGCUCUUCUCUGUGGAGAUCCUGCGCAACGUCACAGACACUUACAAGAGAGCGACCUACAUCCCCUCUGCAGAUGAUGUGCAGCGAUUCUUCCAGGUCGUCAGCUACAUGGUGGAUGCGGAGAACAGGGACAAAUGGGAGGACGCUCAACAGGUCUUGCCUGGCUCUGUCCUCCUCAUGAAGGUGGUUGAGGAUUUCAUCCAUCUGGUGGGAGAGGCGCUGAAGGCCUUCCAGAGUUCGCUCAUUGUCACAGACAACUUGGUAAUCAGCAUCCAGAGAGAGCCGGUUUCGGCGGUCUCCAGUGACAUCAACUUCCCCAUGAAAGGACGCCGGGGAAUGAAGGACUGGGCCCGGCACUCGGAGGACAAGAUCUUCAUCCCCAAGGAAGUGCUGAGCCUCUCGUCCUCAGAAACAGACGAGUCAGCCUAUUUUGUGAUUGGUGCCAUCUUGUAUCGUACGCUGGGAUUGAUCCUGCCCCCUCCUCGAAGUCCCUUGGCUGUCAUGUCCAGAGUCCUUACGGUGACAGUGAGGCCACCAACCAAAGCCAUGGAGCCCUUGAUUGCUGUGGAAUUGUCCCACAUCUUCAAUGGCACCUCGCAUCCGCAGUGCGUGACUUGGGAGUACACCAAAGCGGAGGUUGGCUCUGGGAACUGGGACACGGAGAGCUGCCAGACGGUGGAAACUCUCUCGGCUCACACCAAAUGCCAGUGCAACCAGCUCUCCACCUUUGCGGUGAUUGCUCAGCUGCCCAAAGAUCUGGCCAUGGACUCCAGCGGUUCCCCCUCCGUCCCACUCAUGAUUGGUUGUGCCGUUUCCUGUAUGGCUUUGCUGACCCUGUUGGUGAUCUACGCCGCCUUUUGGAGGUUUAUCAAGUCAGAACGGUCGAUCAUCCUUCUGAAUUUCUGCGUCUCCAUUUUGGCUUCCAACGUGUUGAUCCUGGUGGGGCAGUCCCAGAUGCUCAGUAAGGGCGUCUGCACUAUGACAGCUGCUUUUCUCCACUUCUUCUUCCUCUCUUCCUUCUGCUGGGUGCUGACCGAGGCCUGGCAAUCUUACUUGGCUGUGAUUGGCAGGAUCCGGACUCGCCUCGUCCGCAAACGCUUUCUCUGCCUCGGGUGGGGAUUGCCAGCCUUGGUGGUUGCCGUCUCUGUUGGCUUUACUCGGACUAAAGGAUACGGAACGUCCAGCUAUUGCUGGCUGUCCCUCGAGGGGGGGCUGCUGUAUGCCUUCGUUGGCCCAGCUGCCGUGAUCGUCCUGGUCAACAUGCUGAUUGGAAUCAUUGUGUUCAACAAGCUCAUGUCCCGAGACGGCAUCUCGGACAAGUCCAAAAAGCAGCGGGCAGGGGCAUCGCUGUGGAGCUCCUGCGUGGUCUUGCCUCUGCUGGCGCUCACCUGGAUGUCGGCUGUGCUCGCCAUGACCGACCGGCGCUCCAUCCUCUUCCAGGUCCUCUUUGCUGUCUUCAACUCAGUCCAGGGCUUCGUCAUCAUCACUGUCCACUGUUUUCUACGCAGAGAGGUGCAGGACGUGGUGAAGUGCCAGAUCGGAGUCUGCAAGAGCGACGAGAAUGAAAACUCUCCCGACUCCUGCAAGAACGGGCAAGUCCAGAUCAUGACAGAUUUUGAAAAGGAUGUUGACCUGGCGUGUCAGACAGUCCUCUUCAGAGAGGUUAACACGUGCAACCCGGCCACCAUCACGAGUACCUUGUCGCGCAUCUCCCUGGACGGGGAUGAGGAUCCUAAGCUCAACUCCAGCUCCGAGGGAGGCCUGGGCUUCUCCACUCUCCCAGGGAACAUCCCGCCCACCUCGAUCCUCGUCCAGGUGCCCAAAAUGACGCACAACGUGGUAAAGGGUCUGAACGAACUCAACGACCCACCCACCAAGAAGGACAUCAACUUGGAUGCCUCACGGGGACCUGUCUACAUGUGCGGCGAGAGCAACCUGCGGCAGCUGGACUACGGCUGGCUGCGGCCGCAAGAGGCCGCCAUGGAGAGCAACUACAUGGUGCUGCCGCGGCGGACAGUGAGCCUUAAGCCCUUCACCAGGGAGGAGGGCAAGCUCAACAUCAAACUGGACGAGGCGCCGGGCUUGACCAAGGUCCGCCAUAUGAUGGAGGCCGAGGCCUACCCCUCCUUUGCCUCAGUAGACCACAUCAACGUGAACUUGAACCAACCCUACGGGACGAUCAAGCACCCGUACGGCCUCCAGUUCAAGCAGCAGCCCACGGUGCGGCAGAUCUUGGCCUCGGAGAUGUCAGAGCGCAGCCGCACCAUGCCCCGCACCGUGCCAGGUUCCGCCAUGAAAGUGGGCUCCCUGGAGAGGAAAAGGCUACGGUAUUCCGACCUGGAUUUCGAGAAGGUGAUGCACACGAGAAAACGCCACUCUGAACUUUACCACGAGUUGAACCAGAAGUUUCACACGUUGGACCGGUAUCGAGCACCAGCAACCAACGCCUCAAAGAGAGAGAAGCGGUGGAGCGUCUCUUCAGGAAGCGGGGAAAAGAACGAGGCAGCCAGCCCAGACAGCCGGCAGCAGAAGCAAAAGUCGUGGAGCACCUUCAAGGCCAUGACGCUGAGCUCCCUGCCCUCCAAGCAUCGGGAGAAACUGGAGCUCCAUCCUGCUGCUGACUGGGAAAAGCACUGUAUGAGCCUGGAUCUGACCGAGGGGGACUUCCAGACAGAAGUGUGAGCCUCGCGGACUCUGGGAUCUAGCCUCCUAUAAAUAUAUAUAUAUGUUAUAAAUAUAAAUAUAUAUAUAUUUUCACACCUUGGGAAAAAAGGAGACCAAAACAACAAGACAGUUCCUUCCCCUUCUGGUGGUUUUAUUGGGCUCUUUUGGACACCCCUUUAGUCGCUCCUCGGGGGCGGGGAGAGGCAGCGG